AAAAUAGCUAAGUGCUCCAGCAUUGGAUUAAAUAUCGUUUUUACCCCUGCACCCUUUUUAAAAAAGUGUUCUUUUCCUCUUUAUCUGUUGAAGCAUGGAGUGUCUCGGCAAACUGCAACAGCUCUCAAGCAUUUGCAUUUGAUGGCUUUCUGGUCAAUGUGACGGACCUUGACGCCUUCCUCUCUCUAUCUCUCUUUGGGUUUCUUUACGUUACUUCCUGUCGUUCACUCGCUGUGUUCAUUUCAUCUUUCACAUUAUUUCUUGCUGUGCUACAGACCAUUUUACACUCUAAAGGUUGAGAGACUAACCAAACUCAAGUUCUCGCAUGGUGUCCCCAUCAACAUUGGGUGAAGGGCAUUGUAAUGCUUCUUCUGUAAUGGCUUCUUCUUCAGCAAUUUUGAAGGCCAAGGACAGGUUGAACCUUAAAGCUACAGAAUUGAGGCUUGGUCUUCCUGGAUCUCAAUCCUCUGACCGAGAUGAAGAAGUUAAUAAUAAUGAUCUAAAACCUGGAAAGUUCAAUGAAAAGACUUUGUUCCCAUUGCUACCUUCAAAUGAAGGAAUCUGCUCACCUCUCAAGGCUUCUGGGAACAAAAGAGGGUUCUUAGAAACAAAGGUCGCUUUAGUGACUCAGGCUAAUAAUUGGAUGUUUACCACUCCCAAAUCUGAUUCUCAGGCUAAUAUGAAGGACAAGCACGUGCAAGCUAAGGAGCAAGUUGUUGGCUGGCCGCCUAUUAGAUCAUUUAGAAAGAACACACUGACUUCAAGUGCUAAGGUUAAUGAUGAAGUUGAUGGAAAGCCUGGCCCCAUGGCUAUUUUUGUUAAAGUCAGCAUGGAUGGAGCUCCGUAUCUAAGAAAGGUGGAUCUUAGAACCUACACCUCAUAUCAAGAACUCUCUGCUGGGCUUGAGAAGAUGUUCAGCUGUUUUACCAUAGAACAAUGUGAAAGCCCCCAAGGAGGUCAAGGCCGAGAAAAUUUGAGUGAGAGUAUGUUAAGAGACUGCCUUCAUGGAUCAGAGUAUGUCGUAACAUAUGAAGAUAAGGAUGGAGAUUGGAUGCUUGUGGGAGAUGUCCCAUGGGACAUGUUCAUAGAGUCAUGCAAGCGAUUGAAGAUCAUGAAGGGCUCUGAUGCAAUUGGAUUAGCUCCAAGGGCUAUGGAGAAAUCCAAGAGCUACAGGAACUAGCAGACAGCUUCUCAAGCAGCAUUUUGCUGCAUCCUUAUCCACUCUUCAGCAAUCUGCCAGCCAAAAUGGACAUAUCUCUCUGUUUAUUUAUUUGUUCCAAUGUCUCAUUAUUUUGUUCUAGUAUGGUUGAGAUGAUGUUUUUCAUCCCAAGUAAUAUUUGUAUUGGAUGUAAUAUGAACAGUGAAUCGUGAUUAAUCAACUAAGACCCUUGUAGCAAUGUAAUUUGGUCUAUUGUUUAUUUGUUUACGCUUUGUUCAAAUAUAAUCGAGUCAUAUCUGCAUUUGAU